GAGAUCAACCUACCACGGAGCAGACACAAGCUUCACUCCCAUCCUCUUCCUUUUCAUCAAACUGCCAGCCUCUCCAUUCUUCCGUUACACCACGGCAACCCCCCUUUCCACAUCUUACUCAUCCUCACCUUUCCUCUCUGUCAUCCUCUGUUUCACCACACGUCUCCACCCCCCAUCCUCUUUCACUGGGCCCUCCUCUCCCGUCAUCCAUUCCCCCAGUCUUCUCCUCCCCAUCCUCGGUUUCACUGGGCCCUCCUCUCCUGUCAUCCAUUCCCCCAGUCUUCUCCUCCCCAUCCUCGGUUUCACUGAGCCCUCCUCUCCCGUCAUCCAUUCCACCAGUCUCCUCCUCCCCAUCCUCGGUUUCACUGAGCCCUCUCCCGUCAUCCAUUCCCCCAGUCUCCUCCUCCCCAUCCUCGGUUUCACUGAGCCCUCCUCUCCCGUCAUCCAUUCCACCAGUCUCCUCCUCCCCAUCCUCGGUUUCACUGAGCCCUCCUCUCCGUCAUCCAUUCCACCAGUCUCCUCCUCCCCAUCCUCGGUUUCACUGAGCCCUCCUCUCCCGUCAUCCAUUCCACCAGUCUCCUCCUCCCCAUCCUCGGUUUCACUGAGCCCUCCUCUCCCGUCAUCCAUUCCACCAGUCUCCUCCUCCCCAUCCUCGGUUUCACUGAGCCCUCCUCUCCCGUCAUCCAUUCCACCAGUCUCCUCCUCCCCAUCCUCGGUUUCACUGAGCCCUCCUCUCCCGUCAUCCAUUCCACCAGUCUCCUCCUCCCCAUCCUCGGUUUCACUGAGCCCUCUCCCGUCAUCCAUUCCACCAGUCUCCUCCCCAUCCCUCAUGUUAACAGCACAUGCUUUUGGACAUUCCUACACAGCCCAGUCUGGAGGCACUAAUGUUGCACCACACCUCAACAACAACUAUAUUUUGGGCUCUGUUAAUAUUAACGUGUCAUCUCUGCAGAGCGUGGACUUGUCAGUGGCUCCACAAAGCAGUGAUCAAGAGGAUGCUCUCAUACAGAGAGUCAAAGAGAAGCAUAAAGCCAGACUGAAAAGCCGCUGUAAGCACCUGUUUGAAGGCAACGCCAGAAAUGAAACUCUUCUCAACAAUAUUUACACAAAACUCUACAUCACAGCAGGAGAGUCCGAAGGGCUCUGUAACAAACAUGAGGUGUUGCAGAUUGAGACAGCAUCCCGAACAUGCACAUCAGAAGACACUCCUGUCAACUGCAACAACAUCUUUAAACCUUUACCUGGACAGGACAGAAUAAUCACAACUGUGAUGACCAAGGGCAUUGCUGGGAUUGGAAAAACAGUCACUGUACAAAAGUUCAUCCUUGACUGGGCAGAAGGAAAAGCCAAUUCGCAUCUGGAUUUCAUAUUUCUGCUUCCUUUCCGGGAUUUGAAUUUGGUCGAAAAACAGUUCAGUCUUCAUGGCCUUCUGUGUAGCUUCCACAAUGAACUUAGAGAAAUAGAUGCAAAGAAAAUUGCAGGUUGUCAAGUUCUGUUCAUUUUCGAUGGUCUGGAUGAAAGCCAACUUCCACUGGAUUUCAAUCGAAACAAGAUAUUGUUUGACAUGACAGAAGAAGCGCCCAUUGAUGUGCUAUUGACAAAUCUCAUUAAGGGGAAUCUGCUACCCAGUGCUCGCCUCUGGAUAACCUCCCGACCAGCAGCAGCCAAUCAGAUCCCCAGGAAGAACAUAACACAGAUGACAGAAGUGCGUGGGUUCAAUGACUCACAGAAGGAGGAGUACUUCAGGAAGAGAUUCUGUUCGGAUGCGAACCUGGCCAACCGAAUCAUCUCCCACAUAAAGACAAAAAGGAGCCUCAACAUCAUGUGCCAGAUUCCAGUCUUCUGCUGGAUCACUGCUAUGGUUCUAGGGGAGAUGUUGACAAAUGACUGCAAAGAAAUCCCUAAAACAAUUUCUGAGAUGUACACACACUUCGUGCUCAUUCAGACAAACCUGAAGAACCAGAAGUAUCAUAACAGCAAUGAGACAGAUGCGCGGAGGAUCAAAGAAUCAGAUAAAGAGAUCAUUCUAAAGCUGGCCAAGCUAGCUUUUGAACACCUGAAGAAAAACAAUCUCAUAUUUUAUGAGAAGGAUCUGAUAGAGUGUGGCCUUGACAUCAAUGUAGCUUCAGUGAAAUCUGGAUUGUGCACACAAAUCUUUAAACAAGAAGAUGGGCUCUACUGCGAGAAAGUCUACUGCUUUGUGCAUUUCACCAUCCAGGAGUACUUUGCCGCUCUGUAUUUACUCUACUGCUACACAACCAAUAACCUUUGUGUGUUGGAGUCUUUCCUCCAUAAGAGGUUUGUUGAGGAGGACCUGGAAGAAGGUUCUGCGGCUUUGUUGGGCGAUAACGGAGACCAUUCAGAUGCUUCGCAGAGUGAUGAGUCUGGAGAAAGUCUAGAGUCCACUAUUGAAAACUCAACUCUGGAGGAAGAGCCUGAGGAACACUCAGAGUCAUUCAAUGAUGAUGAGGCUGAAGAAGUGUCUGGCUCUGAGUCUUCAGAGCUGGUUCUACAUGAAAAACCAUCCUUCCAUGUGUUACUGAAGAGUGCAUUGCGCAAUUCCUUGCAGAGUGUGAAUGGACAUCUGGACCUUAUGCUCCGCUUCCUUCUUGGCCUUUCACUGGACUCGAAUCAGAGACUCCUACAAGACCUACUGUCAGAGACGGAGAGCUAUGCAGAUAGUGUUGAAGAAACAAAGUUUUACAUAAAGGAACAGCUGAGGUUGCACAACUCCCCCGAGAGAUCCAUUAACCUUGUAUACUGUUUGGCUGAAAUAAAUGACAAUACACUUACUGAAGAGGUUGAAGCGUACCUGAAGUCAGGAAAUCGUGGAGGAACAAAGCUCUCACCUGCUAAAUGCACAACUCUGGCUACUGUGCUGAUGUCAAGGGAGAUUCUGGAUGAGUUUGACCUAAAGAAGUUCAACACUUGUGAGGAGGGACGAAAGAGGCUGAUUCCACUUAUCAAGUACUGCAGAAACGCUUUACUUGCUGGCUGUAACCUCACAGAGCGGUCUUGGGGAGUAGUGGCCUCAGCUAUAAAGUCAACAAACUUACUGCGAAAGCUGGACCUGAGUUACAAUGACUUGCAGCACUCUCGUAUGGAUCUGCUCUGUGAUGGGUUGUGUAGUCAAAGCUGUAAACUGAAGAUCUUGAGCCUACACAAUUCCAAUUUUUACAGAAUUUUACCUGUUUGUUAACGACUGAGAAUUGGUUGAUUUCCAGCUAAAUCAAUGCAAUCUAACAAUGGAAUGUUGUUCAGCUUUGGAGUCUGCUCUUGGCUCAACCUCAUCACACCUGAGAGAGCUGGACC